AUGUACUCGUUGUGGCCCGCUGCAUACGGAUUCGACCCGCAUGGCGGGGGCACAAAUAUCCCUGGAGUGCACUUUCGGGCGGAUGCGCUGUUGUGGCACCCACUACUGCUCGGGCAUGUUCAUGUUGCCGAACGACUUGGCAUCCCCCUCCAGUGCGCCAGCUUGGAACCCCUCUCACCGACGUGCUAUUCCCCCCAUCCUUUGAGCUCGAUCACUGGCCUCGACUCAACUAUCAUGACGCUGUGCCAAAGCAACCUGCUCACCUACGGAAUCGUGGACACGACGUUUUGGCGUGGUGGCGUGGCUGAAGUGUUGACCCAGUUUCGCGCCUUCAUCGGCCUCCAGAAGCGUUGCGACCGCCCUGAUCCGCUGGUGCGGUGGGAAGUUCCUCACAUUUACCUCUGGAACCCUGCGCUGAUGCCGAAGCCAUUGGACUGGGGAGCGGAGCUGUCAGUGGUUGGUCAUGUG